ACCGCAAUGGCGUUAUUCUCUUCAUUGCUUUAAAUUAUAUCACUCUGUAUAGAACUGCUAUAGGAUGGCUUGCGGAUUAAAAACCAUCAAGUAUUUAUUAUUCGGGUUCAAUGCCUUAUUUUGGGCAAGCGGCGCUGUCAUCCUGGCAAUGGGAAUAUGGACCAAGGCUUCACCUGGAUCGUACGACGCAUUUCUUGGAAACAAAGGAUAUAAAACUUCUGCGAAUGUAAUGUUAGCGGCCGGAUCAGUGGUGAUGGUGGUUGGAUUUCUGGGCUGCUGUGGAGCAGUCAGGGAGAGCAAGUGCAUGCUGGGAUGGUACUUCGCCUUUUUGUUUCUGAUAUUUGGCGCCGAAAUAACCGCUGGCAUUUUAGCUUUUGUUUACAAGGAUGAAGUGAAGGUCGAAAUGAAAAAAGAGAUGAACAAUCUGAUGAACAAGCAUUAUGGGUUUAAUCACGAAACUACCUUUGAUAUUGAUCACUUACAAACUGAAUUAAAGUGUUGUGGAGUGCGCAGCUAUCGAGACUGGAACAACAGUAUUUGGCAUGAGGACAAUAUGAAUAAAAUGGUACCUCCGAGUUGUUGCAAGUCAGACAGUAACAAACCAACUUGUUAUCAAAAAUCAACCUUUGAUUUGGCCAAUAUAUAUACCAAUGGCUGUCUUUCAGAGCUCGAAGACUUCGUCCAGAAACAUUUAAUGGUUAUCGGAGCCACUGGUGUUGCUAUAUCUUGUAUCCAGUUACUUGGAAUGAUGUUCUCUUGUGCCUUGUUUUGUUCUAAUGAUAUUUAGAUGAUUCUGCACGAAGAUAAUUGAAGUAUUGAAGAUUUCUGCUUUAUUCAAAUCAAAUUGUUCCAAUGUAAUAGUAACAUCUGUGGAAAUUUUCUAUAUAUUUAAUAUACAAUUUCACGUUUUCGCGACUUUCCCAGAUUAUACAGGGUGUAUCAAAAAAAAC